AUGGCGCAAGUCCUUCGAGCGCUCCGCAAGGCAUUCAAACGGAAGAAGGCACCACCUCUCGCCUGCCAUCUAUCUCUCGACCAAGACGACGAGCAUAUCCACACCGCUGCUUGCUUCCUUGAUGUCCAGCCUCUAGCACUAGUAGAGCUCUUUCAGUCUCAAAGCUGCCAGUCCUGCCCGCCUGCCAUUCCAGGCAUUCUCGAAUCGACACAACAUCCGAAUCUGCAGCAUGUCACGUACGACGUCACCUACUUCGACCAUACCGGCUGGAAAGACACGCACUCCAACCCGCGCUGGGAUCAGCGGCAGAAGAAUUAUGUCAGGAAGUGGGGCCGCAGUACAUUGUACACUCCCAUGGUCGUCGUCAACGGUGUCGCCGAUGCGGGAUCCGGUGGCGGCACCAAGGCCGAGAUCGACGGUGUAGUCCAGCGCGCUCGCGAGAUGCAGCACCAGAUGGACUGGCACAUCUUUCUCGACACCAACGACACUCACGUCAAACUGGACACCGAUAAGUUGGAGAUUGAGCCGCAUGACGUGAAUGUCAUUGUGUACAGGGCCACCACUGAGGUUGUGAAGAUCGGCAAAGGGCCGAAUAAAGGCAAGAAAGUCCCACACAAGAAUGUCGUCGACCAGAUCGUCAACAUCGGUACCUGGAACGGAGGUGAUAAUCUGUAUGAGUUGCCCAUGACUCCAGCGCAGAUGGCGCCCGGUAUGGGUGCCGUGGCUGUCGUGCAAGGAGCCCAGGGCGGACCAAUUGUCGCGGUCGCAAAGAUUGUCUGA